CUCUCUCUCUCUCUCUCUUUCUCUCUCACCAACACACACACUUCUCCUCAUUCUUUCUCCGGACUCAAAACCCCCUUUUUUUCUCCAUUUCACACUACUACUACACAAAUUGGGGUUUCAAAACUUGAGAUGUAGAAAUGGAUCACUCAUCACUCGAAGCAAAAUCUCCACCUCCAGACUCACCUCUGCAAUCCGAUUCAUCUAUCGACAGCGAUAAGCUUCUUCAAAUCCUCACGCAAGACUUCCAAACCCUAGUUUUAUCCUCCAACGAUGCUCAACCUUUCCAUCAACAUCAUUCAUAUCCCCUUGCUACACAAGAUGAAGAUCAAAUCAAACAACCACCAGAUGAUGAGCUGGUAGAUAAGGUGACUGUUAAUGUUAAUGAAGCGUUUGAGCCUGAAUCGUUGUACGGAGCUGAAGAGAAGAUUCUAGAAGAAGAAGAUGAUGAUCACAAGGAAUGUAGGGUUUUGGAAGAGCGAGAAAGUGAAGUUGCUGAUGAUGAAAUUGGGGGUUAUGAGAGUGAAAAUGUUGGUGGAUCAUCAGUGAGUGUUGUAGAGGAUGGUAAAGGCUAUCAUUAUCCAUUGAGACCAGAUGCUGAAGAUUGUUCUUAUUAUAUGAGGACUGGGAUGUGUAAGUAUGGGUCAACUUGCAAGUUCAAUCAUCCUCUCAGAAGGAAACAUCAGCAGACUAGUAAGGAGACACAUAAGCAAAAGGAAGAGAACAUGGAGAUGCAUGGACAGAUUGAGUGCAAGUAUUAUUUGUCACCCGCGGGUUGCAAGUAUGGAAAAUCUUGCAAGUUUAGUCAUGGUAGAGGAAAGACUGUUACAACACCAGUAGUAGAGUACAACUUUUUGGGCUUGCCAAUCCGACCGGGAGAGAAAGAGUGUCCUUACUACAUGCGUAACGGUUCCUGCAAAUACGGGCCUAACUGUAGGUUUAAUCAUCCUGAUCCUAGUGCAGUUGUAGCUGUUGAUGCUCCCACCGCUUAUGGGAAUGACGCACCUCUUCCAUUACAACCCCCACCCCAACCAAACAUUCCCAGUAUGCCCACAUGGUCCGGCUCAAGAACACCGGACCCCACUGGCUCCUUCGUACCAGUGAUGUACCCACCGACCCAAAACAUGCCCCCACCGAACCCAGAUUGGAACGGUUAUCAGGCUCCUCCACCAGUUCCUGCACAUGUAUACCUAAAUUCAGAGCGGGGCCUACCUAUACCGCCAGCUUUUUACCUGAACAAUCCACCGAGUGAUACAAACAUGUACGCGCGUCCUCAACAGCCUAUGGUAGUUUCAGAAUAUCCUGAGAGGCCCGGUCAACCUGAUUGCAGUUACUUUAUGAAAACCGGAGACUGCAAAUAUCGGGCCUCAUGCAAAUUUCACCAUCCUAGGAGUCGUAUCACCAGAACUACCCCAUCUGUUCUCAGUGAUAAAGGGUUACCUUUACGACCUGAUCAGAAUAUCUGCACAUACUACAGUCGGUAUGGGAUAUGCAAAUAUGGGCCAGCUUGUAAAUACGAUCAUCCAGUAAAUUAUACAAUGAAUUCGAUCCGUGCAGAAGGGUAUGAUGGAUCAGAUCGGUCUGGGCCUCUGAUACAACAAUCCGUGUGAUCAAGUGCCGCUCUCUGCCAUCCUCGGAUACAGCAAGCUUAAUGAAUGUUUUACAUGUUUUUGAAUCGACUAAGACUUUGAAUUUCUUGGAGGGUUUUUAGAAAAAUGUUGAAUGAUAUCAGGAUAUGUUCAAAUUAUCUUAAUAGCUUUUAUACUUCUGCAGUUCAUGUUUUGUUUGUUAUGUUUU